UCAGCUUUUCUAAUUAUUUCCCCUCUCUCUCGUUGGUGUUCAUAGUUGAAUUAUGCGUAUAAUAUUUGCGCCUUUACUUGGAAAAUCGGAAGAAGUAAUGCAUGAAAAGUGCUUAAAGAGGAAAAACCCUUGGUUACGAGAACAUCCAGAUGAAUAUUUCACCCCGCGGCAUUACCGAAAAAUUUCAUCUGGAAAGCUACCAAAAUUCGAAGACCAUGAUGAUAAUGUCUUUCUGGAUAUUCAUACAAAGAGAGCUGUUCUCGAGGUUUCUUCCUCCAUUGUUGCUCUUUUAUCUUAUACUACUGGGGAGCAAGAGUUAUUUCAAAGUUCUGGCGUGAUCAUUGAAAAUGAUGGCAAUAAUGGUCAUAUUGUUUUAACAUCUGCCAAUCUCAUUCGUCGUCCUACUGAAGAAGACAUGGUGGAAGAUAAGUUGGCUGACAGUCUUAAGGUUAUGAUAUACCUGUAUGAUGGUCAAUCAUACGAGGGAGAAGUACGUGCCUACGAUUUCCACUAUAAUAUUGCUUGGAUACGGUUUCAGUCCGAUUCAUCCCUGGCUACUGCAACAUUAAGACAAGUGGAUGAUUACAUAAACAUUAAUCCGGCUAAGGAGAAGUCAUUUCAGCUUCGUCCACAUUCUAGCCACUUUAACCUUUUUCCUGGUCAUGCAAUAGUUGCUGUGGGGCGUUAUUUUGCCAAACCGUUUGAUCUUAUGGCUGCUCCCGGUGAAUUCAUUCUUGGUCGCUGCGAUUUUGACUGUGAGGAGGUUUUCACGGGGACUUGCAAUACCACAAGAUGUGGUGAGGGUGGUGCGCUCAUAAAUAUGUCGGGAGAAGUGAUUGGUGUUACAUUUUAUUAUGAUUUUGGAUUCCCUACCCCGUUUUUGCCUAUAAAUAUAGCUCACAAAUGCUGGGAGAAUUACAAAAGAUACGGGGGGAUCUGGCGACCUUCUCUUGGAUUUAAGGCUACAAACCUUUACACAGCUGAUAUAUAUGUCAUAGAGAAGGUUAUUCAAAAGAUUCCGAGUAUUUGCAAUGGAGUUCUUGUUGAAAAGGUAAUUCAAGGUUCUUCUGCUGACUCUGCUGGACUGCGUUUGAAAGAUGUCAUAGUUCAGUGUGGUGGAAAAACUGUUCGCAGUUUCUUGGAGUUUUUGGAGAUGGUGUGGGAUAAGAAGGUUGGAGAUGUAUUGCAAUUGUCUGUGUUCCGACCAUAUCAAAAUGAUCCCGUAGAUGUCAAUAUGGUGGUUGAUGAAGUUGCUGUCGAAAAAUUUAAUCGUUGGCCACAUAACCGGCGAUACUAAUGAGGUUUGGGCAGCAGCAGUUUCACAUGCCGACUUCAACACAAAUUUACAUUUCUAUCUUUACCCUUUUAUUUAUGUACUAAAAAUACAUUAAUAUAUUACUAGAUGCAUUUGGACUUUCCUUUUAGGGUAUGAUAGUCAAGUGUCUUGCCACUACCAGCUUCUUGACAUGUACAGAGACAUGGUUCUCUAUAUUAUUUAUUUAUCAACUCCUUUUGAUGAGUAA